AUUACGCGCAUUUAUAAUCCCCUCAAAACCCUAACCUCUGUUACUCGCACGCUCAUCUCCCAUACCCUAAAAACUCAGCCGCUUCACAGAGAGAGAGAGAGGCAGAGAUGGUGUCGGGCUCGGGUAUCUGCGCGAAGCGCGUAGUGGUGGACGCGCGGCAUCACAUGCUGGGUCGUCUGGCUUCGAUCAUAGCGAAGGAGCUGCUGAACGGGCAGAAGGUGGUGGUAGUGCGGUGUGAGGAGAUCGCCAUCUCUGGUGGUUUGGUCCGCCAGAAGAUGAAGUACAUGAGGUUCCUCCGUAAGCGCAUGAACACCAAGCCUUCCCAUGGCCCCAUCCACUUCCGUGCCCCUGCUAAGAUCCUCUGGCGCACCAUUCGUGGCAUGAUUCCACACAAGACCAAGCGUGGAGCAGCAGCACUUGCUCGAUUGAAGGCCUGUGAGGGGAUUCCACCUCCGUACGAUAAGAUAAAGCGGAUGGUCAUUCCUGAUGCUCUCAAGGUUUUGAGGCUUCAAGCAGGGCACAAGUACUGCUUGUUGGGCAAGCUUUCUUCCGAGGUUGGAUGGAACCACUAUGAAACUAUCAAGGAGCUUGAGAGGAAGAGAAAGGAGAGGUCUCAGGUUGCUUAUGAGAGAAAGAAGCAAUUGACAAAACUGAGGGUCAAAGCUGAGAAGGCAGCCGAGGAGAAACUUGGCUCCCAUCUAGAAAUUAUUGCUCCCAUCAAAUAUUGAUAUCCAUAGGGCGGCCCUUUUUUUUCUAGAAAAAGAAUGAGAAUGUUGAGGAGAGUCCGCAUGCAAUUUAAAUUACAUUUUGAUUUUGUUACAUUGCAGUUAAAACUUAAGAUAACUUGCUUUAGCUUUUCACUUGGAUCUUUUGCGAUAGAUUGUUAUUGGAAUCGGGUUAUGAAUUUAGCUGUCUAAGUUUUGUAUUGUGUAUUAAUUAUGUCCUCCACAAUGCAUGACUACUUGAAUUGUGGUGGUCUGUUCUCGUCUCUUA